AGCAGUCCAGCCCCAUCGGCAUUGUCGAGAGUCCUGCUCUUGAAAAGCGCGUACAAGAUGCACUGAUUGCGCUGACAGCGGAAGAACUACCGGACUUCAUUACGGCAACCUGUAUCAAUAUAACCAGUAAAGUGGUCGAAGAACGGAUACGUGGAACGCUCCCAGAUCGGUUCAGAGGAACGGCGGACGCAUUGGCCGAGGUAUUUUGUUUGACGGAUCCUUCGCGCCCGGAUAACCCGAUCAUCUUUGCUUCGGAGGGUGAGUGUUUCCUCGGACGAGGGAUGAUUAGAUUUCGCGAGUACUGAUAUUUGUAGAAUUCCAUCGCACGACUCAAUACGGUAUGGACUAUGUGCUGGGGCGAAACUGUCGUUUCUUGCAAGGGCCGCAGACGAAUUCCAACAGCGUGCGACGACUUCGCGAAGCGAUCAAAGAAGGACGACAUCAUUCGGAGCUCUUCCUGAACUAUCGCCGCGACGGAUCCCCAUUCAUGAACCUCCUUCAAUGCGCCCCUCUUUGCGACAGCCAAGGCAAAAUUCGGUACUUCAUCGGCGCUCAAAUCGAUGUAUCAGGAUUGGCAAUGGAUGGCGCACAGAUGGAGUCUUUACUGAACCUCAAGGCGCAAAUCGAUUCAUCCGACAGAGAAGGUGGCUCUGAUAACUAUCGGCAAGAAUCGAAGAGCGAAUUUCAACAGCUUGGGGAACUAUUCAGUCCGAAAGAACUGCGCAAUGUCAAUGAGCACGGAGGGAGCCUCUUCCAGCCCGUUCUCGACGCCGGUGGCCGCACCUGGUUAAUGCCGGAAUCACCUCGAGAGACGGAGGGUGAAGUGCGCAUUGGCAGCAGCGUGCCGACAGCACCAACUCCCAGCAGCGGUUCUCUGGUUGGAGUUUAUAGACAUUACCUGUUAGUCCGACCAUACCCAUCUCUCCGAGUCCUCUUCACGUCGCCUUCCCUUCGAAUCCCUGGUAUACUUCAAUCGUCAUUCUUUGCGCGUAUUGCAGAGUCGAUAGAAAGAGAUGAAUUGCACCAUGCUAUGAUGGCCGGACGGAGUGUCACGGCGCGUGUCUUUUGGGUGACUAAGAACAAGGAUCAAGGGCGUCCUCGAUGGGUCCAUUGUACUCCGCUGCUGGCUAACAACGGACAAGUGGGUGUAUGGAUGGUGGUAAUCGUUGACGAUGAGAAUGAGCAUGUACGUUGGAAGGGGAGCUGGCCGUCAUCUUGAAAAAAAAAUAAGAUCAUCGCUUCCUCUUUG